GUUUGCGAAAUAACCGGAACAGUCAACAGACGGAAAUAGUGAAGAAAUACACAGAAAAUUGAUUGAUUUAGAAACAAAUUAUGAAUGGAAUCUGUCUGGAAUUGCAGGAUGUUCUACUCUUGACACUAGCCUGUCUGGCUUUUACCAUUCCAGGCAAAGGCCAAGCGACCUAUUACUGUGAUAAUGGCAAUGUACAGAACAUAGCAGGUGAGAGCAGCAGCACCAUCAUUACUCGUAAACCGGGGGAGAGGCACUACAGCAAUAACCUCGACUGUGGCUGGACCAUCGACGCAGGGGUGGACAAACGGGUCAAACUGACCGUGUCCAGUCUGGACCUCCAGUGGGCAGCCUCCUAUGCACUUUGUAGUGGAUACGACCACCUGACAGUCCGGGAUGGUCCGACAGAAUCCUCAGUGAUACUAAUGGACAUCUGUGAUAGUACGAACCCCUACCAACUGGUCAGCAGUGGUCAACACCUAUACCUCUUUUUUGUCUCCAAUGACAAAAACUUCUACGAUCAUUCCGGCAUCACUCUCAAGUUUGAAACUUUUGAUGAAAACGCUUGUCCCCCCGGAUGGACAAACCUGUCGACAUCAUAUUACUGCUACUCCAUGAUGACUUUACCGGUAGGAGGAACAUCCUAUACCCUGGCCCAGCAGUACUGCGGCUAUAGUCAGUCAAACCUCGUCAAGAUGGACUCUACCCAGUUGUUCAACGCUGUACAAGAUUAUGGUAAAAAUGUGGCUCAAGUAUCAAAGGCGUGGAUUGGCUUGAAUGACCUUGAGACGGAGGACACCUACCGGUGGUUAGACGGUUCUACGCUGGCAUCCAGUGACAAAAUAGACAGGUUUUCUGGGUCCGAAGAUAAAGACUGUGUCGUCCAUGAUUUUGACCUGAAGAAGUGGGUGGUGAAGAGUUGUAAGGACGAGAAAAUGGUCUUUAUGUGUGCUAAAGCUAGAGUUGGGCCAACCACAGUAUAUUCUGUUCCUACUGCCAGUGACGAUGACUCUGUUGGCGGUAAUGUGACCAUGAUCUGGGCGAUCGUCCUGGGUAUCGUUGGAGGAAUACUCUGUGUGCUUCUUCUAUUCUUCUUCUACUGUUGUUACCAAAAAAAGAAACCGCCUCGUAGAAGGGAAUACAGAGCAACGACUUGUCAACAACCUAAUACAGAGGAUGAAGGUAGCAGGCGGCGACACGGGAGUAGCUCCAGUGUUUCAAUGAGCCACAUCUCUGCAGCACCAGCGGCGCCUACAGCACCUCCAAUCAAUAUGGACGGCAGUACAACUCUGGUCUGGGGUGACGAAUACGGCCCUGCUCCACCAUCUUACGAAGAGUCUAUGCAACACCCCUGUUAUCAAAUAAUUAAACACCUCUGUCUGCAUUAUUUUACAAAAUGUUAUUUUAGUUGACAAAAUUAUGAAUAAUUUCUGAAAUUUUUAUAAAACAAAGAAAUCCAAAUCAAGGCAGCAUGAUUAUAUUUUGGUUUUGUCUUAGCUUCUUGAGAGUUAUGUGCCGUCGAAAAUCGAACAAGUACAAUAUGAAGUUUGUUUUUAUAUUUACGAUGCAGAUUGGAUAUUUAAAUGUUGCAUUCAUUGUGCUAUAGACCACAUAACAUUUACACGUGAUAUGGUUUUGAUUUUUCUUCAGUCAAUUUAUUAGCUCUUUCCUGGUCCGAAAGACCAAGGUGAGCUUAUGCCAUACCGUGGGGUCAAUUUGCCUAAAUUGAUAUAAA